AUGGCUGACGGAAGUAACCAAAUGGGUCCAACACAAGCAGCGGUUCACGAAAUAUUGCGUCAGCUGAUCCAGCAGAAUAAUACGCGGGAUCAGCAAGUCAUGAACAUCUUGGAGAAUAUAGCGAGUCAGCGAGCUCAACCAGUACUAGCGACGGGUACCAUACCGAAUUUAAACGCAACAAUCGGAACAUUUGAUGGGGAAUCUGACGAUGCAGGCCACGCACAAGGAUGGAUUUAA